CUCCCCACGGCAGCAUGAGAUGAGCUGCCUGCGGUCUUUGCAGCCACUGUUUGUGCCUCCUCCUCUUCCUCUGUGUGUCUGUCCGGUACGGGGAUGUUGACCAGUAGAUUGUGAGCCAGCGCUGUCCACUUUGUUCCUGAAGCCGCUCCGCGCGCUCUCUCCGCGGGUUGUUCGGCCCCUCUGAAGCCACUGGACUCUGGACUGAUCUGGCUUUAAGGUUGCUCUUUCGUCAUCUUGAAUGAAAAGCCUGUGUGAGAACUGAACAGAAGAACUGAGGUUUGCAAACAUGGCUCUCGCUGGUUGUCCUGAUUACUUCCUGCAUCAUCCAAAUUAUCAGCAGGACAAUAUAGACCACUCUUCAAAUCACCGACAGGCUGACCUCAGUGGUCGGAGUUCUCCCAACCACAAUCAAGAUGAUGAUGUGGAUCUAGAGGCCCUUGUGAAUGACAUGAACUCUUCGUUGGAGAGCUUGUACUCUACAUGCAGCGGGCAGCAGACGGAAGCUACACCACUGCUCCACAACGGCCAGCCGCCUUCUUCACAUCAUCACCACCAACACCUUCAUCACCAUCAUCAUCACAACCAUCACCGCCAUGCUCAGCACCUGUCACACAUGUCGCCUGAGCCCACCUCCUCUUCUUCCUCCUCUGCAGACUCUCCUCAGACUGGGCUCCGUCGCUCCCAACCUAUGCACAUCCUCGCGGUCAGGAGGUUGCAAGAAGAGGAGCAGCAGUUGCGGACCUCAUCUCUCCCAGCCAUACCAAACCCCUUCCCAGAGCUGUGCAGUCCAGCCAGUUCACCAGUGCUUAGUCCUGGGUCCCUCCCACCUGGAGAACCGUCCACUGGAAAAUAUAUUGUGAAGAUCUUCAGUGAGGACGGCAUGGGGAAAGUGGUGGAGAUACCAGCUGACAUGACUGCCCGGGACUUGUGCCAGCUCUUAGUCUAUAAAAGCCAUUGUGUGGAUGACAACAGUUGGGCACUUGUUGAGCACCACCCACUGCUCGGACUAGAGAGGUGUCUAGAGGAUCACGAGUUGGUGGUUCAAGUGCAGGCUGCGAUGAACAGUGACAGCAGAUUUGUCUUCAGGAAGAACUAUGCCAAAUAUGAAUUCUUCAGAAACCCUUCGUCUUUUUUCCCAGAGCACAUGGUCGCGUGGUGCCAGGAGACGAACCGCACGAUUCCUUCAUCUCAGCUCCUACAGAACUUUUUAGCAACGAGUAGCUGUCCAGAGGUCCAGGGGUUUUUAUAUGUGAAGGAAAUGGGAAGAAAGUCAUGGAAGAAAGUCUACAUGUUUUUGCGACGUUCUGGUCUAUACUGUUCAACAAAAGGAACCUCAAAGGAGCCGAGACAUCUCCAGUUACUGGCAGAUCUAGACGACAGCAACAUCUUCACUGUUAUUUCAAGUAAAAAACAGCACGGCGCUCCCACAGACUUCGGCUUCUGUAUCAAGCCCAAUAAAUGCAGAGGGGAGCUAAAGGAUGUGAGGAUGCUGUGUGCUGAGGAGGAACAGGGUAGGACCUGUUGGAUGACUGCCUUCAGAAUUUUUAAGUAUGGAAUUGUAUUGUACCAGAAUUAUAAGAUUCCUCAACAAAGAAAAACUUUGCUCUCACACUUCUCUACACCAGUAAGGAGUGUUUCAGAAAAUUCACUAGUGGCAAUGGAUUUCUCAGGGCGAACAGGCCGAGUAAUAGACAAUCCAUUAGAAGCUCAGAGUGCAGCAAUGGAAGAGGGGCAAGCCUGGAGGAAAAGGACUCAGCGAAUGAAUGUACUGGGCUCCCAUAGUCCCUUACACCACUCCUCCUUAAAUUCUGUUAUUCAUAUAGCCCAGCUGUGGUUCCAUGGGAGGAUAACCAGAGAAGAAUCCCAUCGAAUUAUCCACCAACAGGGACAAGUAGAUGGGUUAUAUCUAUUACGAGUCAGUCAGAGCAACCCGAAAGCGUUUGUUCUCACAUUGUGCCAUCACCAGAAAAUCAAACACUUCCAGAUACUACCGUGCGAGGAGGACGGCCAGCUCUUCUUCAGCCUUGAUGAUGGGUCAACCAAAUUCACAGACCUGAUCCAGUUAGUGGAGUUUUAUCAGCUCAACCGCGGAGUGCUGCCUUGCAAACUCAGACACCCAUGCACCGUCGUGGCCUUAUGACACCCGCAAAUCAGCUGAAGCUACCAUCACUUGACCUAUUUUGCCUAAAACAAAAUAGCUCUUCAUUUUGUUAAAGACUUUUCAGAAGCUGGUGAAUGAACUGCGUUGUUUUAUUGUUCUUUAUAUCGUCUUGAAAGACACAAUGAACCCUUUUGCAUGGAUAUUGACAUCACAUUAGUACAAAUUUCAAUGCAAGAUCUUCCACAAGUCUCGCUACGUACAGUCUCCAAUAAGCUCUGACUUUUUUUUGUUUUACUUUUUUGCACAGCUGAAUUGUAAGUUGUGCCACAAGCAGACAAUCAGCAGAUCAAGCUUUUGUGUGGACCACUUUGAGCAAUUAAAAAAAAAAUGUCCUCAAAAGAAAAAAUGUCAUAGGUGGAGAGUUGAUUGUCUUGUAGUUUUUGCACUCAAAAACUGACUGGGAGUGGCCUUUUGGAGCACAUGAUUUGCUUCUCUGUGAAAACUGUGAGGUGGUGCCACACUUCCCUCUAGUGUCACACACUUGUAAAGACAAGUAAAAUCCAAACCAGGACUGGAGGCACUGGCACUUGCAUCUUUUGAAAGAAAGUAUUUUUAACGUCACCAUUAGAGAGAAAAUAUCUUCCUCUCUUGACCUCACAGGGUUUUUAAUAAUUGUUUUUUUUUUUUUAUGUGGUCACUGUUUGUGUACCCUCAUCUACUGCUUUCUGUAGAUUUGUUAUCCGUAAACACAGUACACUAAACCAUGCAUUACAAAUUUGGAAUAGUUAAAUCAGUACUGUUGAAAAAUAUGCACAAUUUAUUUUUAUUGAUUCAAGACACAAAGUAGUGAUAAUAAUGACAGAAAUGGCAUUUGAUUAUUAAUAAGGAAAAAAAAUCAGGAUUUAUAUUUGAAUAACACAAUGUUCCUUUCUGAUCAGAAUUGUAACUCAUGGAGGAAAGUAAGUGACAUGUAAGAAUGAGACAACAUUUCUGUAUGCUGUACAUACAAUUAACAUGCUACCUGUUAAAUUAUGGGUCAAUGGAGAAACACAGGGAUGGACAACCACUAGCAUGUGACGGGGGAGCCGUUUACUGGAGGUUUUUGAUUUUGAGUCGUUUACACAUUUCUUUGUCCAUUCAGGUUUAAAGUUGAGAUUUGGUGAGAUUUAACUUGACACCACUGUGCACUACAUUCCUUCAAAAGUCUACUUGAAGUCCUACAUUAAAAUCAGCAGAUAUAUUCCCUCUUGGUGUGUACUACCUACUACACUUAAUAUAAAUUAAUACUAUAUAAUUUGACACCCUGUUUAAUACAUAGUUAGUGCUUAAUUGUAUCUAGCAUAAAUGGCUUUCAAUGGCAAACCAAACCAAAAUCAAUUUACAUCUACAGCUGUUGGCAGUAGUUAACAGUGCAGUAUCUGACUAUAGAGAUGAAUACGUUUUAGCACUGUUGUUGUUCUGCAUUGAUGCACUUAAGACAGGAAAUACUUGAAAAUGCGGCAAGAAAUGCAGAUACAACAUUAUAAAAAUGUUACAAUUGAUGUAACAAGCUUCUUUUUAGAGAUCAGUGUCCCUCACUUGUCACUCCAUGCACAGUCCUCAUUAUUUGUUUAAAAAUUGCAAGGACUCAAUCAUGUUUAAAGUAUUAUUUCUUCAAAAUGUAUUUAUUUAUCUGGAUGUAACUGAUUACUUGAACAUGUACAAUUUGCUCAGCGCUGUCUGAUACCGUUUUCUUUUGUCAUUACCAAUUAUAUAUAUAUUUUUUAUUUUUUAUUUUAAUUAUAAUUUGUGAUCACAUCUGGCUCUGUUUAAAUAAUCUGACACUUUAAUGAAGUGAUCCCCAGAAAUGGUAGACUGGUCUCAGUAAUGUUAACAUCAUAUCAUUCAUACACACAUGAGAUAAAGUUUCAUUAUUUGACUUUCACAAUAGAAAGUACAAUUAGGUUAUAAACAGCUAAAACUAGUGUCCAUCAACCAGAUAGCAAACAAUAGUUUGGCACACCUCUAAUGCAUUAAUAUUGUGUAAGGUUUUAUCUAGCUCAAUAUUUAGAUCAAUAUUUAUUUGUUAAUGAUAAUGACAUUAACAAGACCAUUAUAUCCAUGAUGAAAACUGAAGCCUAAAGGAGUAUUAAAACAUUUGAGUUGUGUAUGCUUUUAAUGUUAAUAGAUUACAUUUGACCAUGCCUGUGCUUAAUGCCAUGUACCCUAAAGUGCAUUUUAUAUACAGACACUACACACAGUAAGAUUUUAUCUGUAGCUUCCAUCUAUUGUACUAAUUAUUUCAGGGAAUGCAAAAAGAAAACGGUAACUUCACUCUUCUAUCAUGAAGAGCAUGUUCUUUUAAUGUGCUUUGCUUCAUUCUGUAAAUAGCUAAAUGGUGUAUAUUAAUUGUAACCUUUUCAGGUAUUUUUGUACAAAUAAGGGACUGAUAUAUUCUCUUUAUUGUAAUUAGAAUAAAACCUUAAUACGUUGAUAAA